GCAAGCACCGCGGCGAGUUUCUCUCCGCUGUGAGAUCGUUCAGUAAUGGCGGCCGGUUAGCUUCACACAGUAAGCUCAGCAGCUCCGUCAUUAGGCGCACUCACCUCACCGCAGUCCUCCGGGGUGACAGCCAGCGAGCCUAGUCGAACCGGACCGCGGUGAACCCACAGGAUUUAGCCGAACACGCAGCACGUCCUUCCCUUCUCUUCGGUGGACACAGUCGAACAAGCCCGACAUGGACGAGCACCCCGGCGGAGGAGUCGCUGGACCUCCGCCGCCCCAGCAGCAGCUCCAGCCGGGGGGUACCGGAGGAGUUCACCCGGCUAUCGGCGGCGGCCCCGGUGGAGGAGGGACGUUGCUGGGGCCGCAGUCGCAGCCGCAGCAGAGCGACGAGUUGCCGCGGCCCCAGCAGCAAUACACCAUCCCGGGCAUCCUGCACUACAUCCAACACGAGUGGGCCCGCUUCGAGAUGGAGCGGGCCCACUGGGAGGUGGAACGGGCUGAGCUGCAGGCCAGGAUAGCAUUCCUCCAGGGUGAGAGGAAAGGUCAGGAGAACUUGAAGAACGACCUGGUCCGAAGAAUCAAGAUGUUGGAAUAUGCGCUCAAACAAGAAAGGGCCAAGUAUCACAAGUUGAAAUAUGGAACAGAGUUGAAUCAGGGCGACCUGAAGCUGCCCAGCUUCGAGUCAGACGCCAAAGACUCAGAAGUGUCGGCGCUUCCCGCCAACAGUCAGCUCACGUGGAAACAAGGACGACAACUCCUUAGACAGUACCUUCAGGAAGUGGGCUACACGGACACCAUCUUGGACGUGCGCACGCAGCGGGUUCGAUCUCUUUUAGGCUUGUCCACGUCAGAUCAAAACGGCUCGGUGGACAAGAAGAACCUUCAGCAGCUUAUCAACGGCGACGACGCUCGCAAGGACGCCAAACGGGGUCCGGGUGAUGUUCUGGAGACGUUCAACUUCCUAGAGAACGCAGAGGACAGUGACGAAGAGGAGGAUGAGGACGGAGAACUGAUGGAUGACAUCGGCGAUGACAUCAAACAUCACAGAAAACAUAAAAACAAGGUGGGCAACGAAGGCCUGGCAUCCGAAGAAGACGACGCAGACACGGAAGAGGCGUUAAAGGAGUUUGACUUCCUGGUAACGGCGGAGGACGGCGAGGGCGCCGGCGAGGCUCGCAGCUCCGGAGACGGGACCGAGUGGGCCGAGCCGUUGCCUUUCGCGCCUGGCGGGGGGAAGAACUUUUUGAUGGGCGGGGCCGAUCGCGUCCUGGAGAGCGUGCUGGGAUUGGGCGAUCUGGCCGACCUCACCGUCACCAACGACGAUGUAGACUUCAGCUACGACUUGGCGUCCAAUCAGGAGUCUUCGUUCCGGAAGACGUGGAACCCCAAGUACACGUUGCGCAGUCAUUUUGACGGCGUGCGGGCCCUGGCCUUCCACCCGAUGGAGCCGUGCUUGCUCACCGUGUCCGAAGACCACACGCUCAAGCUGUGGAACCUCACCAAGACCGUCGCAGCCAAAAAAAGUACCUCGUUGGAUGUGGAGCCAAUCUACACGUUCCGGGCUCACGUUGGCCCCGUGCUGUCACUGGCCAUGACUUCAAACGGCGAGCAGUGCUUCAGUGGCGGCAUUGACGCCACCGUACAGUGGUGGAACGUUCCCGGCUCCAACGUGGACCCCUACGACACGUAUGACGCCAGCGCGUUGGCCGGGACGUGGACAGGACACACGGAUGCCGUGUGGGCUUUGGCGUACAGCGGCAUCAAGAACCGUCUCCUGUCCUGCUCGGCCGACGGGACCGUCAAACUAUGGAACCCUCAGGAGGAGAACCCCUGCAUCAGCACUUUUAACGCCGGCACAGAACACGGCGUCCCCACGUCAGUGGAUUUUAACGGUUGCGAGCCCGCCCAUGCCGUGGCGUCCUUUGACGGCGGUGACGUGGUGGUGUACGACCUGGAGACCUCUCAGAGCACGUUGGUGAUGAAGGGUCAGAGCGAAGGAAGUAAGUGUCUCGUUUGCGUCGAGGUCUUACAUCUUUUUUAUGACGACGGGUCCAUUUUGUCUCCAGGCCGUCCCGGCUGCCAUCACAUCUACAAGGUGGUGAGCCAUCCCACGCUGCCCGUCACCAUCACGGCGCACGAGGACAGAAAUAUCAAGUUCUUUGACAACAAGUCAGGUAAAGUGAUCCACGCCAUGGUGGCCCACCUGGACGCCGUCACCAGCUUGGCGGUGGAUCCAAAUGGGAUCUACUUGAUGUCCGGAAGUCACGACUGCUCGCUGCGUUUGUGGAACCUGGACUCCAAGACGUGCGUCCAGGAGAUCACAGCGCACCGCAAGAAGAGCGACGAGGCCAUCUACGACGUGACCUUUCACCCCUCCAAGGCCUACAUCGCCUCGGCCGGAGCGGACGCCCUCGCCAGGGUCUACGUGUAGGCCGCCGCCGUAACACUAAAGCCCCCCCUCGCCCCGUACGCCAACCGUCCCGCCGAUCGGCCGACCCGUCGGUUGGCUGCUUACCAAAGCUUCCGGAACAGGACAGCAAAAAUUUCGGGGGCGGGAUUUCAAACGAUCCCGAUCGACGCCGAUCCCUCGAGCUUGGAUUCGGCCGAUCGGAGCGCUCCGUUCGGCAGCCGACGUACCGAGUGUUUUGAAAUGUUUAUCAGACGGGGGGCUUCUUAGCCCCGCUCAUCUACUCCCUGUCCCCGAAUUAACGAUUCCGUGUGACGCCCGCCCCGUCGCAAGUCGUCGUUCGGCCGCUGAGGAGUCGACGUCGUAGGAACUGUAACGAUUGGUCCUGGUUGAUUAGGGACCUAAGCGAACAAUCAGAAGUCAAGAUCAUCAGUUCGACAAAAAAAUAUUUUUCCCCUUCCAAGAGUUCUUGUGAUGACGUCACAAUUUUAACUAAGGGGGAGGAAUCUCACAACUGCCAACUUGUCAAGAUUUUAUUUAUUUCCCCGCUCGGUCAAUCACGUGGCGCAUCGGCUCAGAGGGCGGAGCCACGUGGCUCACCACUGCCGAUGUUCACCGAGGCUCCCGUGUCCAGUCGGAGCCCGCGCUGCCUGCCCGAUUGGCUCAUUUUUUGCUUUUUUUUUUUAACUUAAGGGAUUGAUGGUGCGGUGAGCAGCUGACGUUUACCACGUGACGUGUUACUACUUCCUGUUGGUGUCCUGCAUGAUUACCACAAUAAAAGUAUUUUUUCUAGUCUUCCAACGCACGUUUGUUUUUAUUGACAGGAUGUGGCACUGUCAAAUUAAAAGCCCGCCUGGUCGAAGCCGUUGUUUUGACAGUGUUUACUCCAGUGUUCUCCCUCGUACAUAAAUGAGUUUUCAAUACUAAAAAUGAAUGGGAAGUAGUGCUGCAACGAUUAAUCGAUUAACUCGAGUAAUUUGAUGAUAAAAAAAGAUUCAAAUUAAAUUUUGCUAUGAGUAUUUGUUUCAUUACAGUUGCGUUGUAAUGGUUUGAUUUGGGUGGAUGCACCGCUCUAGUGGCAAGAGUGACUAUGACAUAACUCAUUUUACAUGGCUGAAUCCAGCUGCUCCCUGUUAAGACCAACAUAAGCUAAGUUUU